UGGCUACUUUACCUAUAACUCACUGAACUCUCUUUGUUUAAUUGUGCAUGCCUUGUUUGUUCUCUUUCUUCCAGGGUGCUUUUUGUACCAUAAUAAAUUAUGUAACUGGCUGCAGUCAAUUACAACACAAUAAUGUCUACUUUACAGUGCCUAAUAUGCUUAACAGAAAAAAAUGACAUAAUAUAACAGUAAUACUUAAUGGCUACUUCACCUAUAACUCACUGAACCCUCUCUGUUUACUUGUGCAUGCCUUGUUUGUUCUCUUUCUUCCAUGUUGCUUUUUGUACCAUAAUAAAUGAUAUAACCGGAAUAUGCUCUUCAUUUAAUGCGGGAAAAUAUCCAGCAGGUGAGGUGGGACACCCAAAUUCAAUGCCAAGUAGUAAAGGAAUAGCCCAGAUUGGAUGUUAAUAAGGAGACUUGUAACUGAAUGCUUAGAGACUGGUGCUUUUUACCACUUUAAAUGACUGGAUUUCUGUUGUUGAUUUCUUUCUUCCCCAUAUGGCAAUGAAAGCAUCAGGAAAUGGGAAAGGCUUUGUAAGUAGUGUGUGGUCUACACGUCAAAGUUUUUAUUUUUUUUAUUUUUAAUCUAAAAUAUAAGAACUUUAUAGGGGCCUUGCAGGUGUUUCAGACAAUCAGGCCCUAAAAGGGUGCUGUUAUUCUGAAUUAGUGGACCACCAUAAAUAGUACUACUAAUUUAGAUUGAUUUGAGAGAGAAAGGUUUGGCUUGUUUUGAAAGGUAAGUUAUCCAAGGUUAGAUGCAGAAAGACAGUGGAAAAAAGACUAGUCUUUGGACUUCCUAGUGAGUUGUCAAAGGAAGGUGAAAAUUGCUGUGGAUUUUAACUAUGUGACAAGAAAACUGAAUCUCUUGCUUGUGAAGCAAAAUCUCUUGGCCAAUGCAUAGGUUUUAAAGUGUAGCCUUAGAAUGUUUGGGGGUCCCGGCCUGCUUUUUGGGAUUUGAAGCUUGCAAGCUCCUUUGGUACCCUUCAUAUAUUCCAGCAAUCAUCCCUAGCCACUUGUUAUGAAUGAUUUAAAUUCUGCACGUCUCUCACAACAUUAUCAUCAACACAAACAUCAUCCCAAACAUUACCAUCAACAACAAACAUCAUCUGAUCACAUCCAUCAUUUGCAUUUUUGAAGAAAGAAAAAUGAUAGGAAGAUUAUUCUGUUUUCUGCUAGCACUGCAAAUAGUGAGUUUGGUUUCUGCAGUAAGGAAGCCAUUUCUUCCAGCCCAAGAAGAGGUUCUACAAUCUCCACCACCAUAUACUACAGAAUCAAAAAAGGGUUUCAUGGACAUAGGCACGUCAGAGGCAAUGCAGGAAGCAUAUGGUAGAGGAGUGAGCAAAAUAGGGUCAAGUCCACCAAGCUGUGAGCACAAGUGCUAUGGUUGUGUUCCAUGUGAAGCCAUUCAAGUUCCCAGCACCAGCACCAGGCGCAGCCAUUUGGGCAUCCAGUAUGCAAAUUAUGAGCCUGAGAGCUGGAAGUGCAAGUGUGGUCCCUCCUUCUAUAGCCCGUGAACACUGUUCAUAUAUGCUAAAUAUUGUUGAUAUAAUGUAAUGACAUGUUAUCACCUCUCAAGUUCAUACAUAAUAUCCCUUUGUAGUUUGUAGAAAUGUCUCCUCGUAUUAAAAGA